CUCUCUGGCGGCUGUGAGCUGACGGUCGUCCUGCAGGACUUCACGGCGGGAUGCAGCACCGAGAUGUCCGUCAGCACCGGUCAGACGGUGGAGCUGCUGGAGCGUCCGAGCGAGCGGCCCGGCUGGUGUUUGGUCCGGACCACCGACCGCAGCCCGCCCCAGGAGGGACUGGUCCCCAGCUCCACUCUGUGUGUGUCCCACUCUCGCUCCAGCGUGGAGAUGGACUGCUUCUUCAGCUCAGGGAAAGAAAACUAUCCUGUCGUCGGCUCUGACGGGAAGACGGAGUCAGUGGCGAACCUUCAGCCCCAGCCGUCCCUCAGCUCGCUGCACUCUAGCUCUCCAGGUCCCAAACGCUCCGGGAACACUCUGAGGAAAUGGCUCACCAGUCCGGUCCGCCGCCUCAGCCACGGCAGCUCGGUCAAGAAACUCCCCAACAGCAAGCAGAAGAAGAGCGGAUCAGGAAGAGAAGAAAGCAGGAGGAGUAUCGACCUCGGGCAGCCCGACCUCAACCUGCAGGAGGACAUCAUCAGUGAGCGAGUCCUCAGCAAGGACGGAAACCUCCUCUCCAAGACGGCGCAGGGGAUGCAGAGCGGCGGCGAGGAGGAGCCGGACGAGGAGGCGCACACCCCUCUGCCUCCCCCCAUGGAGAUCAUCAAAGACCCCUCAGCAGCUCAGGAAGACAAGUCUUCGUCCCUGCUAACGUCUCUGCAGUCGUCGUCCGAGGGGCCCAGCGCUGCCGAGCUGGUUAGCGCCAUAGAAAAACUGGUUAAAACUAAGAUGACUCUGGAACCGGGAGCGUACCCCGGCUUCUCCUCUCUCUCUCCACCGGAGCAAACGACCCCAGUCCAGCCACGCAACCCAGAACUGGAGCAGAGAGCGAAAGCUAUGAGAGGACGCAUGUUUGUUUUGAACGAGCUGAUUCAGACGGAGAAGGACUACGUCAAAGACCUCGGCAUCGUGGUCGAGGGCUUCAUGAAGAAGAUCGAAGAGAAGGGCGUCCCCGAUGACAUGAAAGGAAAAGAUAAAAUCGUCUUUGGGAACAUUCAUCAGAUCUACGACUGGCACAGAGAUUUUUUUGUAGGAGAGUUGGAGAAAUGUCUGGAAGACCACGAGCACCUCCCAGAGCUCUUUAUAAAACAUGAGAGACGGCUGCACAUGUACGUCGUUUACUGUCAGAAUAAACCGAAGUCGGAGUUCAUCGUAGCAGAAUACGACACGUAUUUCGACGGGAUCCAGCAGGACACUCAGUCCAGACUGUCCAUCAGUGACUUCCUCAUCAAACCCAUCCAGAGAAUCACAAAAUACCAGCUGCUACUCAAGGACUUCCUGAAGUUCAGCUUAAAGGCGGGCAUCGACUGUGAACAAAUCGAGAAAGCCGUGGAUUUGAUGUCUCAGGUCCCUAAACUCUGUAACGAUAUGAUGAAUCUGGGUCGGCUGCAGGGAUACGAGGGUAAACUCAUGUGUCAGGGCAAACUGCUGCAGCAGGAAACCUUCUUUGUGACUGAGCAGGACGCCGGCGUCCUGUCGCGCUCCAAGGAGCGACGAGUUUUCCUCUUCGAGCAGAUCGUCAUCUUCAGCGAGCUGCUCAGGAAGGGAUCGUCCACACCGGGAUACCAGUUCAAGAAGAGCAUCAAGAUUUCCUUCCUGGGUCUGGAGGAGAGCGUGGACAACGACCCGUGUAAAUUCGUGUUGGCUUGUCGUGGCUCGUCGGACCGUUUCACUCUGCAGGCCGCAAAGGUCGACACCAAACAGGUCUGGGUCCGACACAUCCAGGAAGUCCUGGACGCUCAGAGCAACUUCCUGUCUGCUUUGCAGUCGCCCAUCGAGUACCAGAAGGAAAAGAGCGGAGCGGGCUGCAGCGCCUCUCUGACCAGGAACCGCUCGACUUCGGGGAACCGGACAACCGCGGCGUCUCACAGCCGGCCGUCUUCAGCUGUCGGGCUCGGCGACAAAGAGAUGGAGAGGGGGAGGAGUCAGAUGAAGAUGUCUACCUCCAACGGGGGCACAUCGUGUUUCGACAGGGACCGUGAGGGCGGCUGUAACGGCGUCUCCUCCACCAUGAUGGUCACUCAGGACUACUCUGCGCUCAAAGAGAACGAGAUCUGCGUCAGUCAGGGAGAGACCGUGCAGAUCCUGGCCACCAAUCAGCAGAACAUGUACCUUGUUUACCGGCCGGCCAACAGCCAAUCACCCGCCGCUGAGGGCUGGGUGCCGGGACGCAUCUUAGGCCCGCCCACAAAGUCCAUAAAAGACUCUUCUUCUGCUACGUCUUUCUCAGCGGCGGUGUCUGAUGCACACAACAUCAAGUAAGUCCCCUCCCCCCCAAAACCCCCCACCCAGCUCUUCUUUACCUGCAGACAGACGCACUUCAUGUUGGGAUGAAACGAGCCCUCGGAUUGGAUGAGAGAGACGAGGUGACAAAGCUCUUUUUUUUUUUUUUUUGAAUCCGCUCCCUUCCCUAGCUCCUCACUGCCUUUCCUAAAUCCUCCUUCCCUUCCCUCCUCCUCCCUUUAAAGAACAAACUGUUGGACCUUACAGGAGACUUUUCUCGUCUCGGACGUUAAAAAAAAAAAAAAAAAAAA